UGUUUCAUUUGAGCACAUUCAUUGCCAUCAGUCACAUAACCUGCUGAAACAGCUGACUCCAGCAGUGAAAGCCACAAUCAUCACUGGCAUGUGUGAAGGAUUGUUGUUUCUGCACACUAAAGACAUCGUCCACCAAGACCUCAAACCUGAUAACAUUAUGGUAGAGCAUCAAACCCAUCGUGCCGUGAUCAUUGAUCUAGGACUUGCUAAAUUCUUUCGAAAUGGACUCUCCUCUGCAGUAAACUUGGGCAAUGAAGCAUACUCUGCACCAGAGAUCCUACAGAUGAACGGUGUUCGUGACAAGCGCUCAGACGUUUGGGCCAUGGGCAAAAUCAUAGCUGAACUCUGUGCCAGGAUCAGGUUACCCACCCAGUUUGUCUCUCCCGUCAAGAUUCGUGAAACUCUAAAAGACCAGCCGUACUGUAAUCCAGUAUCCAGAAUGGUGGAACCCAAUCCCAAUUACAGAAGUACUAUGGCUGGAGUCAUUGCAGACAUCAGGAGAGCUCCUUCAGCUCAACCAACAGACAUUAGACCAAAAGACAUCACAAGAGACGUUACAAAAGACGUUACAAGAGAUGUUACAAAAGACGUUACACAAGACGUUACAAGAGACGUUACAAGGGACAUCAAAAGAGACAUCACAGUGACACAUGGAAAUGACAUAAGGCCAAAUCAAAAGUGGUAUCCAGCAGGACCUUCUGUUCCUAAAGAGUUAAAUAAACCUCAAGCUUUAUAUUAUCGACAGAGUCCACCUCAACAGAGAGAGAUGGGAAAGGCAAUAGUACCGGUUAAGGGUGAGGCCUUGAAUAAGCAGCUGUCCCUGAUGUCAUUUCCUUGUCCUCUCCCAGAAACCGGGAGAGUGACUCAGGAAAGCUACAUCGAGGAGAAUGGAGCUCUAGUAUAUAAAGAGAUCGUCACGAAGGACGGGAGAAUCGUUAAGUAUGAGAAAGUGCAAAUAACCAAAGAUUCUUAAAAAUAACACUUGUGAAUAGACUUGUGUUGUUAUAAACGUUGGCAUGCACUUUAAUUUUACACAGGUGAAAUGCUUUUUUUAAAUAGAAAUUCCCACUGGAAAACUAUUAUAGUGAAGUUGGUGUUAUUUUAGGUUUUUGUCUUUGCUGAUAUCCUGUUUAUGUUCAUUCAACAGUAUUUUUUUUUUCAUUUGAUGUAAAGAAUAACCAUUAAAAUGUCAAAAA